GGUUCCCGGGUCCUCCGAGUUCCAUUCCCAGGCGGGUCUGGGCUCGGGGGCCCAAGCACAGCCGCCGUGUCCUCCGGUCGCUGUGCUGAAGCCGCGACGCACGUACAGCCGGAGUGUGGCUGGGCGGCCCUUGUCACCCAGGUCCGGGCGUGGAGCGUGCGGCGGACACAGGCAGACGGACCAUGGCAGAGUUCUCCCAGAAGCGGGGGAAGCAGCGUGACGAGGUGCUGGGCGGCACCGUGGACUUCCUCCUGGCUAAUGCCCGCCUGGUGCUGGGCGUGGGUGGGGCCGCUGUGCUCGGGAUUGCUACCCUGGCUGUGAAGCGGCUAAUUGACAGGGCCACCAGCCCUCGAGAUGAGGAUGACGCCAAGGGAGACAGCACAUGCCUGGAGGAGAGCUGGAAGGAACUGAGCCUUCUCAAGGCCACGCCACGUCAGCAGGCCCGGAGCCCACCUGCUGCUCUCAGCCAGCCCGUGGCACUCCCUGCCCCGUCGCCGGCUGCCCCAGAGGGGCCCACAGACACCCGUCCUCAGAUGUCGCCUCCGCUUAGCUCCCCAGCACCGCUGUGCCUGACAUUCCAGGAGAAGCUGCUGGCAUUCGAGCGGGACCACGUGACCAUCCCAGCGGCCCACGUGGUUCUGGCCAAACAGCUGGCCGGCGACAUCGCCCUUGAGCUGCAGGCCUACUUGAGGAACAAGUUCCCGGAACUGCCCUUCGGGGCGCUGGUGCCCAGCGGGCCGCUCUAUGAUGGGCUGCAGGCAGGGGCGGCCGACCGUGUGCGUCUGCUGGUUCCCGUGGUGCUCGAGGAGGGCCUGUGGAGCCUGGUGCCUGGGCUGGACACUGUGGCCAGGGACCCUCGCUGCUGGGCUGUGCGCAGGACUCAGCUGGAGUUCCGUCCCCGCGGGAGCAGCCCCUGGGACCGCUUCCUGGUGGGCGGCUAUCUCUCUUCCCGCGUCCUGCUAGAGCUGCUCCGCAAGGCCCUGGCCUCCUCCGUCAACUGGCCGGCCAUCGGCAGCCUCCUCGGGUGCCUGAUCCGGCCCAGCGUGGCCUCGGAGGAGCUGCUGCUCGAGGUGCAGCACGAGCGCCUGGAGCUCACGGUCGCCGUGCUGCUGGUGGUUCCCGCCGCCGCCACCGAAGAUCCCCUCCUUCUGGCCUGGCCCCUGGAGGGGCUGGCUGGGAACCUGUGGCUGCAGGACUGGUAUCCUGCAGAGGCCGCCAGGCUUCGGGCCCUGGAUGACCGCGACGCCGGGACCCGCCGGCGGCUGCUGCGGCUGCUGUGCGGGGUCUGCCACGGCCACCCGGCCCUGGGGCGGCUGGACCGGUGCCACCUGAGCCAGGUGGUGCUGCGCCUGGGGGAGGCCGAGGCGGACUGGGCCGAGGCGGCCCUGGGGGAGCACUUCCUGCAGGCCCUGGAGGCGCUCAUCGACAGCCUGGCACAGGCCAGCCUGCCCUGCCACUUCGACCCCCGGGUGAACCUCUUCGUCAGCCUUCGAGCAGAGGAGAUCGAUGACCUGGGCUUUGCGCUGUACAGCGGCCUGCAGGCCCCUGAGUGGCUGCUCUAGCUGGGUGGGGAUGGGGCGGCCGGCAGGCGUUCCGACGCGGGUGAGCGGAGAGCACCUCCCCUCCGGGCCUUUGGAGAGCACUUUCCCUCCUGCUUUAGCCAGAGUGAAAGAGGGUGCGUUCUGUGAGCCCACAGGGUUAGCAUGCAUGCGGGCAACGGUCACGGGAGCCCCCCACCUCCCAGUCCCUGAGAGCUCGGUUGGCUGUCCCCAGAGGCAGCCUGCAGCGCCGGCCAUGCACACAUGCCCCGUCAGCCCUUGGGCUGCCCCAGGACCUUGGGCCCAGUCCUUCGUCACCAGCAGUGAACGCACGGACAGAACACGGCUUCUGCUGUCCUAGGCAGGGGAUAAAGGCAGCUCCAUUUUCUGCCCAGAGGGUGAGUUAGCGCUUUCCUCGGGUGCCAGCUCCAGGCAUCUCGAGGCUUCCGGUGCUGGAUGCUAAAGACUGUGUGUUUGUUUCGUCCACCAGGGGCCGGAGUCGCCUGCUACCCUGUCCCCCCACCGGAUUGCAGCUCUGGGGCGGAUUUGAAGGCUGUGUCUCCCAAUGCCACCUGCGUGUCUAGGUAGCUUGUUGCGCUGUUCCCUCUAGCCUGGAGCAGGGCUCAGUCCGACAUGCUGCCCACCUCGUGCCUCUGGGGAAGGCCCCUUUCUCUCCACCUGGGCUCUUGCUCUUUGGGAAGCGGAGGCCCCUGGGGUGGUGGAGGGAGCAGAGGUUCCCUGUGCUGCACGCCUUGCCUGGAGCCAAGGAUGCCCCACGGCCGGAGAGCAGAGGCC